CAUUUAAGAAUAAUAAGUUUCCUGGAACAAAGCAAACAAGUUGAGAAUGGAUUCAUCGCAGGGAAGUAUACAGCAGAAGAUUGUGAUUCCGAACAGCCACAAUGAGAAGCUGGUGGGUCUGCUUCAUGAAACUGGUUCUAUAGAAAUUGUGGUUUUAUGUCAUGGCUUUCGAUCAAACAAGAACUUCAUAAUUAUGAAAAAUGUGGCUGUUGCUAUAGAGAAAGAAGGGAUUAGCGCUUUCCGUUUCGAUUUCUCCGGGAAUGGAGAGAGUGAGGGCAGUUUCUAUUAUGGUAACUACAAUUAUGAAGCUGACGAUCUACAUUCUGUUAUCCAAUACUUCUCUAACUUGAACCGUGUGGUUACUAUAAUUCUUGGCCACAGUAAAGGAGGUGAUGUGGUCCUCCUCUAUGCAUCUAAGUAUCACGAUAUCCCCAAUGUAAUCAAUCUCUCGGGACGUUAUGAUCUGAAGAAAGGCAUAGGAGAACGUCUUGGUGAAGAUUUUUUGGAAAGAAUUAAGAAACAAGGAUAUAUCGAUGUUAAAGAUGGAGAUUCUGGGUACCGUGUUACCAAGGAAAGCUUGAUGGACCGGUUAAACACAGAUAUGCAUGAAGCUUGCCUCAAGAUUGACAAAGAAUGCAGGGUCUUGACGGUUCAUGGAUCGGCUGACGAGACAGUACCCGUGGAAGAUGCAAAGGAGUUUGCAAAGAUCAUACCAAACCACGAGCUGAAGAUUGUAGAAGGAGCUGAUCAUUGUUAUACCAAAUAUCAAAGUCAACUGGUUGCAACAGUUAUGGAGUUCAUAAAGACCGUCAUUGUGAAGAACAACUAGUCUUUUCUUUAGAUAAGACAUAGUACAUUUACUACACGCUACAAAAUUUACUUCAAA